AUGAAUUACAACGUACAUCCUGUAUCAUACUUGAAUGCAGACAGCUAUAACAUCAUCAACGACAACAGCAGUAAUGGAGUAUCAGAUAAAACUCCUCCUCAACAACAACAACAGCAACAACAGCAACAGCAACAAUCCCAACAACUGUCUCGUGGAAACAGCAUCACCACUAAGAAGUCACCAUCUGCAGACUUGGAUAUGGAAAAUGUCACAUCUCCUUCUUCAAUAACUUCAUCACAUUCACCAAGAACUAAUCAUGUCAACGGAUCGCCUCAUUCUUCCUUCACUUCACACUCUUUGGCUAACUCACCAAUGGAUGUUGAUGUAAAGAGGAGUAGGCAACAGCAACAACAACCAACUACAAUUUCAGGUGCCAAUGUCCACGCAGAUGCUGUAUUGGAUGUUACUAGUGCAGAAGUAAAUGCUACAGUACCAGUAGUAUCUACUAAUAAUCAUAUUUCCUCAGCUUUGGCAAAUGGUACGGCUUCUGUGUCCACCUCCACUGCUGCUGCCCCUGCUGCCCCUGCUGCCCCUGCCCCUGCAACUGCCCCUGCAACUGCUUCCACUACAACUACUGCCUCCGGUGGUUUAUCAAUGACUUCAGUCAUGCCUCAUCAACCAACACAAUUGCACCCAAGUUUGAACCCACUUUACAACAGCCAUGCUUUUUACCACCAACAACAGCAACAGCAACAGCAACAACAACAGCACCAACAUCCAGCUCAACAAUUCCAUCCAAUCGGCGCUUACCAAGACUUGUCUACUGUUGAACACCACUAUCACCCUACUUAUUUGAAUAAUGGAGGUUCUACUUUACAAGCAGGAGUAUCAUCACAAUUGAGCAAUGAUUCUGCAAAGAUGGGUUCUACUUUCAACGCUUACUCAACAUCUAAACCAACCAAAAAGACUUACAAGAAGAUUACAGAGGCUGAUUUACGUGGUCCAUUCAAAUGUUUAUGGGGCGACUGUGGUAUCGUAUUUGAUGCUCCUGAAGCAUUGUAUGACCAUUUAUGUGAUGACCAUGUCGGUAGAAAGUCGUCAAAUAACUUGAGCUUGACUUGUUAUUGGGAAAAAUGUGGAACUACCACCGUUAAGAGAGACCACAUUACUUCUCAUUUACGUGUUCAUGUCCCAUUGAAACCGUUCCAUUGUGACUUGUGUCCUAAAUCAUUCAAGAGACCACAAGAUUUGAAGAAGCAUUCCAAGAUUCAUGCCGAUGAUCACCCAAAGAAGUUGAAGAAGGCUCAGAGACAAUUGUUGAAGCAACAGCAAAGAGAAGCUAAACAACAGUUGAAGUUGAAUAAAGCAAACGGUGAUUUACCUUAUUAUGCCACUGCCAUGGGUGCUGGUACUGCAACUAAUGGAUACGAUGAAGAAUCAAGAAAGAGAAGAUUUGAAAAUAACUCACAACACAACAUGUAUGUUGUGAAUAGUAUAUUGAAUGACUUCAAUUUCCAACAAGUUCAUCCAAAUGGAAACAAUGGUGGAUACACGCACCAGCUGCAACAACAACAAGGACAUGGUCAGUACUCUGAUGCAAAGAGAAUGAAGCCAAAUUCGGAAUACAAUAUUGACAUGUUCAACAGAUUGAACCAUUUGGAUGACCAAUUACACCACACACCUCAUGGCAGUGUACAACAAGAACAGUCACAACACCAACAACACCAGCAACAUCAACAUCAACAUUCACAUCCAUCGUAUACCCACACAGCAAACAACAGCAACAUAUACGAAGCUGAAAAGUUUUUCAACUCGUUGUCAAACUCUAUCGACAUGCAAUAUCAUAACUUGUCUUCACAAUAUCAACAGCAACAACAACAUCACACUCACAGUCAUACCCAUGCACAUGCUCCUUCUCAUGGAAGUCAAUCAGUUGGCAGUAGCAGCAGCAGUAACGCCACUACCAAUUCUCACAGUACGUCGUCCCACAUUUACCCUGCAUUGCCAGUAUUGCCAUCAACCAAAACAACAACAUCAUCAACGUCACAUGGAUCCAAGGACCACGUGUUGAUGGGAGGUGGCACCACUGCUGCAUCUGCGUCGUCAGCAGCCCCGACUGGUUACUUGUCAUCUUACCCACAAAUCAACAGGCCUGUGGGCUACAACUUGUCUUAUGGACAGCAGCAAGCACAUGUCAAUGGCUUGGAGUUUAAUGGUGUUUCCAUUUAUCAAAAAGCAGGUCAGAAGAUGGACAAGGAGGAGGAUGAAGAAGACGAAGAAGACUAUGAUGAAGAUGAUUCUAGUGAGGUGUCUUCUGAUGAGUACUCUGAGGAUGACGAAGAAAUUGAUUCCUUGUUUGACAAGUUGGACUUGAAUGGCGGAGACCAUAAGCAAGUGGAGCAAGAUGAAGAAGCUGUGGUUGUGGAUGGAUACAAUCUCAAGGAUGUCGCAAGACACAGAGCUUUGAUUCACCAUGUUGUCGAAGUGUUGAAGCAACAAAUCAAGGACCAACAGCAGCAGCAACAACAGCAGCAAGGGAACGAGACGAAGCAAGAUGAUGAAUUGAACAGUGACUCGAUCUAUGAUGGAAACAAGUUGUAUCCCACUAUUACCGCUUUCUAA